AUGCCACCAGCAUCUGCAUCCGCUGCGGCUACGCCAGAGCAGGCGACGGGAAGCAGCGAUGAUCGAAGCGCCCUACCGUGGGCGGCUAUUCCUCGCUACACCCCUGGAGUUACUGACACGACGGAGUAUGGCAAGAAGCUGAAAUUCUUAGCUGAAGUUUGGCCUAAGGAGCACUUGAGCUCUUUGGCUCCUCGUGUUGCCCUGCUCUGCGAGGGCUCGGCUUUCAAGAAGGUUGCCCGCCUCGAUGCAACCAAACUGAAGGUUUCCGAUACCUCGGGUGUUGAGUUGAUUGUGAAGACCUUGGGCGGGGCCUGGGGUCAAACAGUCUUGGAGGAGAAGUAUGAGCAGUUCGAGAAAGCUAUCUUUGGGACUGUACAACGCAGUGACGAGACCCAUGACUCCUACUUGGCUCGUCAUGACAUCCACUUUGAGGAGCUUUUGGCUCAGAACAUCACGUUCGAGGAGCUCCGGUCGUAUGUCCUGCUUCGCCAAUCACAGUUGAGCAGCGAUGACAAGAAGCGCAUUGUUGUUGAGCACAGUGGAAAGCUGACCUACGACAAGGUGAAGUCUUCAAUACGGCUACUGGGAUCGCGGUUCUUCGGGGAAUUUCAAGGACAGAGAGCCAAUCAACGGACCAAGGUGUAUGAUGCUAACACCUUGGAGGAGUGUGUUCCAGAAGAAUCGGAGAGGGCCUAUCAGGCCGCCUUGGUCCCAGGACCUGCCGGAGGCGAUGAUGUCGACAAUGAGUUGGAGCCGGAGUUCUUAGAAGCCAUGCUGGCCAUCGAAGACCAGGACGCGCUGCAGGUUCAGACUUUUGAGGAGGAAUUAGAAGGAUAUUUCCAGGAAACAGCAGACCUGCAAGAGGCCUUGGUGAGCUACUUGGAGGCGAGGUCGCGCUUGUUGGCCAAGAAAAAGUCCAGAGGCUUCUGGCCAGUGGGCAGCUCCGGUAAAGGCGGUAAGACUGGUCGUGGGUUCAACAAGGGCAAGGGCCGCGGCAAAAGCGGCCGAGACCAGCUCUUGGCGCGCAUAGCGCGCAGCGUGUGCCGCGCUUGCGGCGAAAAGGGCCAUUGGAAAGCAGAGUGUCCCAAGUACGGACGCCCAGGAUCCAUGAGCGUCGGCAAGGGUGAAGCGAUCACCACAGUUGCCGAGGUGGUUCAGGAGACCUAUGAUCCCACUUCCUCUUCGACAUCGGGACAUCAAGCUCUGCUCACCGAAGUGCCUGAGGACGCCUACACCUUGCAUGAGGCCCAUUUCGCGAUCGACCAAAGCCCAAAACCUGGUGCCCUUCGCAACCUCAGUAGGUUAGUCCAGUUCGCUCGGCUAUCCGACCCCACGCUGGCAUACAGCAUGGAACAGCUGUCUGCCAUGACAGUCGAGCAGCUCGGCGAGUUCGUGAUCGAUUUUGGCAAGGCCAUGCGCGGGCGCAAGUACAUGGAGGUGAUCGAAAAGGAGAAAGAUUGGGUGACAUGGUUCAUCACCCACAUGUCAACCAGCGAAAAGAGGUGCCACCGCAUCCUGUUCCUCUUCAUAGAGAAGUACACUGCUCAGGCGGAGGAGAUCGCGGAAGGCCUCGUUGGCGACCCAGCGGCGGCCGAGCCCCCGAGAUCGACAAUGGCGACGCGCCCAAAAUCCAAGAGCGCUCCUCGCCCGACCGCGUCGACGGCGGUGGCGAGCUCAGACCACUGGGCUCUCGUCGAGGACAACAGCGAACCAGCUCUCGACAACCAGGUGACGGCGAUGGCCACCCGCCUCACUCACCUCGAGCAUGUGAUGGAGCAGGUGCUGGUAGCUCUCCAGCAGAUCACGCCUCCACAGGUGCCUCCAGUUGGGGGGGAAGUAUGGACAGCUCAGGGGGUAAAUGGGGAGCAAGCUAGUAACGGACAAAUGGUAUGUGGAGAGGCGAUACCUCUCACUAAAGGGGUGAUCUACCUUAAUCCGCAUGUCUGGCAUGCCACUCAGCCCUGGACCGGUGAUCGAAUUGUGGCCAUUGGUUUCUCUCUGAAGCCCCGGCACAAGCUGAAGUCUCCCCAGGUCCGCUGGCUCAAACGACAUGGAUUCUCGUUGCUUCGCAAAUUUCCGAGAGGCGCAGCAAUCUUUCCUUCCAGUACCACCCAAGAGAGCCAAGUGGCUGAGAAAAUCAAUGUGCCAAGUUCAGAAUCACCUCUGGUUCAGGCAGCCGAAGCUGCCGCUUGCGCUUGCCAAGAAGCGGUUCGCAGAGCUGAAGAUUUGCACCAUCAGUCCCAGAAGCUGCUAAGCCUGCCUCCUGAAUCCCAGCUUGAUCUGUUGGAAAUCACCGAGCGUGCCGAUAGUCGUCUUUCGGUUAGGGUAAGGGAGCUAGGUGGUAAAGCUAGGCGGUUUACUAGCGAGGAUGGCGAUCUGCGGACAAAAGAAGGCCAGCAACAAUUGUGGGCCGUGGUGCAACAGACUCAGCCGCGACACAUCUGGGUGACCCCAGACGCUCGGUGCUGGAGUGCCUGGUCCUCUCUUAAUGCUGCUAAGAGCUCGGAAAAGCAUGACCAACAUGUCCAGCAGCGUGAGAAAGACCAGGCUCUCUAUCAGGUAUGUGCGCAGCUCUGCCAUUGGCAAAAGCAACACCGUCGGGACUUCCAUCUUGAGUUACCCGGCCUGUUCCCAACCUCAUCCAUAAAAGCCUUCCCUGACCUUAAGAGCAAAACGUAUGUGGCCUCGGUAGAUAUGUGCGCCUUCGGUCUACAGACCCCAGCCGGUAAGCCCAUUCGUAAACGAACAUUGAUAUGUAGCACCUCCCAAGACCUGACAAAGAGUUUCGUGUCACAGCAAUGCAACCAACAGCAUCGUCACCAUACCUUGGCUGGAAGACUCCUGAAGGGUCUCCCCAUGUCGCAAUUUGCCGGAUCGUUUUGCGAAGGAUUCGCGAGCCAUGUUGCAGGACACCUUGUGUCCAGCAACAUAGAUGCUGCAAUGGCUGCCAAUGCCGAGCCUCCCCUGACCCGUAAGCGAUUUAAGACCUCGGUUGGGGAUCCCCUUAGGAUAGAAAGACCUGUGACCCAGAAGCGAGAAGCCGCUGAACCGGCUGCUGGCAGCCAGCGCAGUCAUCCAAUCCGUCGGCUCACUGAGCCAUUGCAAGCCAUGUCUGAGUUGCCCUGGGAUGUGUGGGAGCCUGUCUUUGAGCUUGCUCAACGGAGCUCUGGGCAAGCCUCUACUCUGGUGCCUCCUCAGAGCGAGCUAGCUAAGGAAGUCCAACGAGCUCUAGAGCCUAGAGGGAUAGACGUGCUUCAGGUUUUCUCGGGGCGCAAUCUUCGGAACCUGCAGCUUCCCUUGGGGGCCCUCCCGGCUACCGUAGCUCCCUUACGCGUGAGUCUCGGCUCCCGAGAAGCUAGUAAGCAACUUCUCUGCCUAGGCAACGAGGAUCGCACUACUAUGGGGUCAGACCGCAAGAAGCUUAGGAUUGGGGUUCACGAAAUCUUGAUAACUGUGUUCGGUAGACGCAAAGCUGAGACCGCUGAGCAGGAGCCUCCUGCUGGGAGCCCUGGCUCGAGAGUACCUGCCGUUUCAGCCUCCCCGCCUGACCUUGAGGGAUGGGCUCCACCUCCGGUGCCUCUGCAUGGUCCGGCAUUUAGGAAUCUAGAUGCUGAUCAGAAAGCGCAGUUCGUUCGGAUCCAUAACAACUUGGGACACCCUGCCCCAACGACCCUAGCCAAACACCUGAAAGCCGCCGGAGAAGCCCAAGCCCUUGUCGAUGCCGCGCUAGAUUUCGAAUGUGAUGCUUGCUUAGAGUCUACUGAACCUCGACACCAGAGACCCGGUAAGUUGCCCGAGCCACUUGAGUUCAAUGACUUGAUUGGGAUCGAUGGUUUCUUCUUUAAGGGUAGAUCGGGGUAUAGGGCAUACGUCAUUCACGCCAUUGACGAAGCAAGCUGUUUUCACCUUGGAAGAAGGGCUGUCUCUAGAGAAACCAAGCAUGCCACCAAGACGUUGGCAGAGUUUUGGCUAUCAUGGGCUGGAAAUCCCCGUAAGGUUUAUGUUGAUCCCGCUGGAGAAUUUAGAUCGGAAGAGAUUCUAGAGUACUUUCAGGGAAUCAAUGUAAAAACAUUUCUUUCAGCGGCCGCCUGGCAAAGGGGACGGGUUGAGAGACACGGGGAUGUAGUUAAGGACAUGUUGGCUAGGUUAGACGCCCAGAGCCCACUUGCCAACGAUGCACGGUUCGAUCAAGCACUGUUGCUUGCCUUCCAGGCAAAGAAUGCCCUGAUGCGCCACAGAGGGUAUGCCCCGGAGCAGAUAGUGUUAGGUAAGUCCUUGCGGGUUCCCGGUAGCCUCACUUCAGAUGAAGACUUAACAUCUCAUGCACUUGUAGAGGGAUCCGACCUGGAAGCCGAGCUCCACCGGCAACGACUUGAUGUCCGCUGCCGUGCCCGACAGGUUUUCUGGGAAGCUGAUAAUAGUCAGACCAUCCGUCGAGCACUUCUCCGCCGAAGUAAUCCAGCUCGGGGUCCCUAUAAGCCUGGAGACUGGGUGUUAUACUGGAUGCGUAAAGGGUCUCCAAAUCGCCUGGCUGCUGGCCGAUGGCAUGGACCAGCCCGUGUUAUUUCCCAGGAGGGCCAAUCAAUCACGUGGAUUUCCCACGGUUCGAUCAUCCUGCGAUGUGCCCCAGAGAACCUUCGACCUGCCAGUUUGCGCGAAUGGCAGCAGUUGAGCACAGCAGAUUUUUCCGAUCCUCAUAAGAAUGCUGGAGGAGCAAGCUCCUUUGUAGAUUUGACCGGAAAUGAAUCGAGUGCUCCUGUCACCAAUGCGCCUGCACCUGCAAGCUCCAGCGGAGACCUCUUGGUUCCUUUGCCUACCCCAGUGUCCAGCGUAUCUAAUCCUGCGACAAACCCAAUUCCUGAUGAUGACCUGACUCAGCCCGAACAAGAGCUGACUCCACAGGUCUCCGGUAAUCCUGAUCCACCAACCGACAACCGUGAAGUCGAGCGCGAGGUUGAGCGACAGCCUAACCACGCAGCACCUUCUGUAGUUCUGAACGAUAAUCCAAAUGCUUCUGUUACUUCCGCUGAUCCUCUGCCGAGCGAUGUUCCAGUACCCGACUCCGAUGAAGGUCUUCUGACUGAGGCCAUGGCCUGUACUCUAGUACCUGAGGAAUUGCCUGAAGAGUCUGUGCUGCUCUCCACUGAAGCGUGUGAUGGAGACCUCCAUACUUUCACGACUGUCCUGUCAGGCACGUCUGCCUGUGGUCCCCCUUUGGCCGAGGAUAAUCUGCCAUAUGUUGAACAGCCCUUGCAGUGUUCAGAGCAGCAAGCCUACUGCUUGGAAAUUCCCAUGAAGGCCAAGGACCUACGGAGAUGGGCUCGAGAGCGAGCUCCGGAACAGCUUUCUUAUCUUGCCACUGUGGGCAAGAGAGCGAGAGCUGAGGUACAUGUGAAGGACCUCUCGGCUGCUGAGCUUCAGCUUUUCAAUCAAGCUAAACAAAAGGAAAUUCAGUGUUGGAUUCAGACUUCGGCCAUAAAAUCAGUUCUUCGCCAGCGCCUGAAUCCCGAACAAAUUUUGCGUAGCCGUUGGAUCCUAACCUGGAAGAAUCCUGAGCCCGGAGACACCCAGCGUAAAGCCAAAGCGAGACUAGUGGUCCUAGGCUACCAAGACCCAAAGUUAGUGGAUGUUUCUCGGGAUGCUCCCACGUUGUCAAAGGAGGGUCGUGCUUUGGUCCUGCAAACCAUAGCCUCCAAAAGGUUCGAGCUGAGUUCUUUCGACAUAAAGACAGCUUUCUUGCGUGGUAAGGCCGAUGAAAACAAUCCUUUGGCCAUGGAUCCUCCCAAGGAACUUCGGGAAGCCCUAAAGUUAAAGGACAAUGAUUUGUGCCAAUUGUUGGGCAAUGCGUAUGGAAGGGUAGACGCCCCCUUAUUGUUCUAUAAAGAGCUUAGCAAACAGCUACUAGAGUUGGGCUUUGUGCGACAUCCUUUAGAGCCAUGUGUGUUUCUGCUUUACACCGGCUCGGUGCUCAAUGGGAUUCUGGGAGUCCAUGUGGAUGAUGGGGUUUGCGGGGGCGAUGCAGUGUUUAGCCAAAAGAUACAAUCCUUGCAGACUAAACUUCCUUUUGGCAGCCGCAAACACCGCAACUUCGUUUUCACUGGCAUCCAUCUUGAGCAAUUUCCGGAUUUCUCUAUCCGAGCUUCUCAGGGUGAGUACGUUAAGAACAUCCCCCAACUGGACAUAGGGCGUGCCCGUAGGAUGCAACCUGCUGCACCUGUCACGGAAAAUGAAAGAUCCCGUCUUAGAGGUAUCAUUGGCAGCCUCCAGUACGCAGUAACACACACCCGACCCGACAUGGCGGCGAAGCUUGGUGAAUUGCAGACGCAAGUCACAACAGCAACUGUGCAGACGUUGCUACUUGCCAACAAGGUUCUGCGCGAGACCCAAGAGCAAGCCGAUGAGUGUAUUCACUACUUGCCUAUCUGCCCUGAGGAUAUAACCUUUGUGUCAUUCGGCGAUGCGUCUUUCGCAUCUUCCAAGAACCUGAAUUCGCAUCAGGGAGCCCUUGUCUGUGCCACUGACAGUAGGCUAGAUAAGAACCAGGAAGCCCCCUUGUCUCCCUUAGUCUGGACCUCUAAGAAAAUUCCUCGGGUUGUUAGGUCCACCCUAAGUGCUGAGGCAUAUGCAAUGUCAAAGGCAGUUGACAUGUUAGGCUGGAUACGUGCUCUGUGGGGCGUGGUUCAUGUGCCUGAGUUUCGCUGGCAGAGCCCUGAGGAAAGUUAUAAGAAACUUAAGAAAGCAAUCAUCGUGACUGAUUGCAAGUCGCUAUUCGAUCUUGUAACUCGCUUGGCGAUGCCCGCAUGCGAAGAGCACAGGACUACGCUUGAGGUGCUGUUAAUCAAGCAAAGGUGUUCUGAGAACGCCAGCUUUCGCUGGAUUCCGACAACACUCCAGGCUGCAGAUUGUCUGACAAAGGCCAUGGACGCCACCUUGUUGCGUACGGUGUUGGCUCAAGGCCGCUUCAAACUUUACGACACAACUCAAGCUCUGGAGAAGGAUGCGCAGAGAAAGCAAGCCAUUGCUUGGUUAUCACAGCCCGCCGCAGCACAGACUUGA